UGCGCCGGCUGGACGGCUCAGGCACGAAGAAGAAGACGGAGGGAGAGAGAGAGAGAGAGAGAGAGCAGCUCGUGGACCUCGACUGAAAAGUAAAAGACGAUUUGGACGUGAUCAAGCCCAGCCUGACACCAACGCUGUUGUUAGGAUCCCGUGUGGGGUUCGGUCACCUGCUGGCUUGGGAAGUGCCCCACUGAGAAGUCGCAUCACUAUGGAAACGGUCAUCAGCCGCCCUGUCACGGACAACCAAUCGACGCAGUUCAUCACAAUCUUCAACUCGAGCUGUCGCUUUGACGAGGAGUUCAAAUACAUCCUGCUUCCUGUGUCCUACAGUCUGGUGUUUGUGGUCGGCUUCGUGCUCAACGCCACGGCUCUGUGGUUGUUCCUAAAGAUGCGCCCGUGGAACCCCAGCACAGUGUUCAUGUUCCACCUCGCCCUGUCCGACUUCCUGUACGUCCUCUCCCUGCCCACCUUAAUCUACUACUACGCCAACCGCAGUCACUGGCCCUUUGGAGUGGCCGCUUGCAAAAUAGUGCGCUUCCUCUUCUAUGCCAACCUCUACUGCAGCAUCCUCCUUCUCACCUGCAUCAGUGUGCACCGUUAUCUGGGCAUCUGCCAUCCAAUCAAGGCGAUGACCGCGGUGAAGUCCCGCCAUGCCCACAUGGUGUGCGGCAUGGUGUGGGUUGUGGUGAGCGUGUGCCUGGUGCCUAACCUCGUCUUCGUCACCACCUCCAGGAGGGACAAUGACACCCUGUGCCAUGACACAACCAGCCAGGAGGCCUUUGAGGAGUAUGUGGACUACAGCUCUGUCGUCAUGGUGCUCCUGUUUGGCGUCCCGUUCCUGGUCAUCGUGGUGUGUUACUGCUUGAUGGCGCGGACCCUGUGCCGACCCAGACGGGGAUUAUCUGGCAGCCAGCAGGGUGCCGCCUCACGUCAGAAGUCCAUCAAGCUCAUCAUCGUGGUGUUGGUGGUGUUCGCCGUGAGCUUCGUCCCAUUUCACAUCACACGGACGCUCUACUACGCCUCCCGUGUGUUAGAACUUAAAUGUGAAUUCCUCAACAUUGUCAACUUUACUUACAAGAUCACCAGGCCGCUGGCGAGUAUUAACAGCUGUAUUGACCCAAUUCUGUAUUUCCUGGCUGGGGACCACUACCGGUCCAAAAUGAUGACUGUUCUGACAGGAAGAAGACAGACGACGAGAAGCCAAACAACUCAACGGGCACACACGCAGCCGAACAACAACCAUGACAUCGCUCUGGUCUAUAAGAACCCAGCCCUUAAAGUCAACGAAGAUUUUGAGAGAUAGCGGGAAACAUAUUGUCUGCUAACACUUCAGAUGGCACAUGCAGUGGCAUCUGUUUGAUUUCCCUUGUUUUGCACUGAGAAUCAGUUUACUGUAACAUUAACUUAUAGUAUAUGCUUUCACGCCAUCACACUUGUAUACUGCCUGUGUUUAACAGGUGUACACACCGUGUUUUAAAUUCCACUCACUUUCUUGAGGUUGCUGUGUUUGUAAGUGGGAAAGAGUGUGUACCUUUUCUUUAGCGUGCAGCCUCCUAACACAAAGGGAUCUCCAAACUCGAGUUACAAUAGACAGUAUUUACACUGAUGUAUACUGGUCUUUGUGGGGAAAGAUAGAAGAACACCAAACAGCAGCAGAAUAAUCUUUUACUUUCAAAUUAUGGGAACAGAAAAACAGAAACACUUUGUUGGUUAAAAGAGUUUGACGCCGGUGGUCACACGUGCAUUAAAGUAAAUCAUAGCCAGUGACUUAUUAUCAAUCUGACCCUCACUGAAAGUAUUAAAGUUCAUAUCUGACCAAAUAUGACAGACAGAGUCUGGCUAUUGUCUCAGAUAUGAGGCAAUCCUUCGUGUUGUAUCAACAAUGUCUGCGUGUUAUCCAGAAACUGCAGCUCCUGAUCCCAGCUGUUAUUGUCGGUCAACUUUCACAGCUGUCUUUUGUUUUACUGUGGAGCAAAGCAAAGAGACUGUUCGGGACAAGACAUAUCUUUUCAAACCACCCACGCCUCAUCACAGGGAUAAGGGAUUUUCCUUUCUUCCCUUUUUACCUUUGGGAUUGAUACAUGAACUCCUUGAUGGAUUUGCAGCAUGUGAAAGCAGCGGUGGAAAGUUUUACUUAAUGUUACAGAGCAUUUGUCCCUCCACCCUUGUUUUUAAUGUUAACCUAUGAACCACUGCUGGAGCAGAUGCGUUCACACAGCUCCGUGUCACAUGGUCUUCUCGUGAUAUUAAGUGUAAGCACUAUCUUUGAAUAUGUUUUUGUAAUUACAGUUUGAUAUGUAUUGUAAAGUGUUACAUGAUUGGUAACUGGUGUUUACUGUAUCUCAUGUAUCAUGAGAUGAUUAUGCAAUUAAUGUUUCCUGUCUGGUCAUUGUAAUAUCUCCCAUGAUAACAGGAAGCUCGAAUUACUUCUUCUUGUUUUGACUCGCCCUCAUGAAGAGAGUAAUGUAAAGUGAUCUAUGAAUUUAGGGGGAACCCAUAAAGAAUCUGCCAUUUAAGGUACUUGUACUUUACUUGAGUAUUUCUAUUUACAAUUCUACUCUACUUCAUCUCAGAGGGAAAUAUUGUAUUUGUUACUGCACUACAUUUAUCUGAUAACAUACUUUGAAGAUUCAGAUUUAUAACACAAACUAUUAUCAACACAAGUGUAUCAAAUCAAAGUGAUGACUCAUCAAUGUAUCAAUAAAUAUAUUUCAAUAA